AUGGGCUGCUCCAACACAAAGGAAUCCAACGCACGAAGUGGAGCCCAAACCUCAAAUGCAAACAACGCCGGCAGAAGCACGAGAGGCGGAAGGGCCGGCAUGAAUGGCGCUGCAGCGGGCCACGGCCCCGCAGGAGAUCAGGCAUUAUGGCCCACCUGUCACUUCUGCGGAAAACGAAUUCCCUACAAGGAAUAUAAUGUGCACACCGUGCAGUGUGAUGAGCGGGAGGUGACGUGUUUGAACUCAUGGUGUCGACAGAUUGUCAAACAAGGAAUGUUGGAUAAACACUUAGAGGAAUGCUCCAAGCGAGAACGGGCCAUUUGUUAUAAAUGCGGAACAGAGAUGCUCGCAUCGGAGAUGCAGACACAUCGGGAUAAUUGUCAACCCAAACACUGUCCAGCCUGUGGAGAAGUAUGCAUUACACGUAUUUUAAAAUGGUGUCCAAAGAAUUUCUUUACACGUGAUGUCAUUACACAUGGUCCAUUUGCAAAGGAAGCAUUAACACAACGGUAUUUAAAUGGUGGACAGGCAAAUAAAAAUAGUAGUGCGACUGGAGCUCCACCACAGGUGAAUUUUAAUGUAGCUCGUAUGCAAUUACUAUGGCGUUGGAUAAAGGCAAAAUCAGUGAUUGAGGAAACUAUAUUCCGCGUAACGUUAAAGGAAAUGGAUCUUAAGAAGGAAGGAUUUGCUAUAUUUAAAGCUCAUGAUAAAGUAACGGAUUCUCACGUAUUAGCACCCAAACGUUCAAGAUCUAUUCUACAAACACCUGUGGUAGCCCCAUCUAUUUCAUCCCAUUAUUUCCCCACACGAUCUACGGAACCUAUUACUGUGGAUGUUGUAGUUCGAUUGAUUGAAGAUAUUACCAAUCAUGUUUUAUUACCUUAUCCAGCGGCUUGGCGUAUCUUUACAGAUGCGAUGAAUCAUCUUAAUACGUUACCAAAUGUGGUUCGUCUCAGUCCCCCAAUAGGCGCACGUGUGUCGAAUGGUCGUGUCAAUCAGGGAUCUAAAGUUGUUGUGGUGGGAGAUCUGCAUGGUCAAUUGGCAGAUUUACUUCAUAUUAUUAAAGAUAGUGGCAUGCCUAAUGAUGGAACUUAUUAUAUAUUCAAUGGAGAUUUUGUGGAUCGUGGGGCAAAUGGAGUGGAGGUUUUACUUAUUAUCUUUUCUCUUAUGCUUGCCUGUCCAAAGUAUGUCACCUUAAAUCGUGGAAAUCAUGAAUGUGAUUAUAUGAAUGAUGAGUAUGGAUUUGAUGUGGAGGUGAGUACAAAGUAUGAUCGUAAUCUUUUCCGUCUUAUUCAACGUUGUUUCUGUGCACUUCCACUGGCCACUAUUAUUGGAAAGAAAGUAUUCGUCGUCCAUGGUGGACUCCCACGACGAAAGGGUGUAAGUAUUGAAGAUAUCUCCCGUAUUCAACGUUUUCGUCAAAUCCCUAUGCCGGAUUAUGCACAACCGGAAGAAGAUGAGAUCUUUCAAGAUCUUCUCUGGUCUGAUCCGGUAGAAGAACUACAGGGAUGGCGAGAAAGUCAACGCGGGGCGGGUGUAGAGUUUGGGGCGGAUGUCACUCAAGAAUUUUUAAAAAAUAAUGGAUUGGAACUUGUGGUGCGAUCGCAUGAGGAAUGUCUACGUGGAUAUGAGGAACAUCAUGCUGGUAAACUCGUUACGGUCUUCUCUGCCAGUAAUUACGAUGGACCAGAAACCAAUCGUGGUAGUUAUGCCGUCUUUGUGGGAGAUAAUCCAGAACCCUCCUUCUAUACUUAUCUUGUAGAGGAGGAUGAUAUGGAAAUACAACAAUUGGUAGAAUUGGGCGAUACACUUACACCCACACUUGGUCGCAUCUCAUCCUUUGCUAGUAUGCAUGCAGGGAAAGUAGCACCGCGGCGACGAGCAAAAGAUGAUGUCUUGCGUGUAUUGCGUGAACGGAUUUAUUCAAGACGACAUCGACUCAUGACAUACUUUACAAAACUUGAUCGUACACGUAAAGGAUCUUUAUGGAAAAUUGAAUGGACAGAGGCUAUGCGAAAUGUACUUAAUUUAGAUCUUCCCUGGUUUUAUCUUCGUGGGUAUCUUGUAGAAGAAGAUGAUGAGGCUCGUAUAUGGUAUGCAAAGUUUCUUGUGAAAUUUCAUAAUCUUCUUCAACCAUUAUGGUUAAAUGAUUGGGUAAAAAGUGCCAGUUCUCAUCUUAUUAAACAACAACGGGCUAAUCAUCGUUCUCAAUAUGUGGCUGCUGCCUUUAAUAAAGGUCAAGUCAAUUAUAAUGACUUCUGUUCCGUCAUUCGUGUAAUUGAUUAUACAAUGAGUGAUAUUCAAAUGUUUCAACUCUUUGUUCACUUUGAUCAACACGGCACUGCCCACAUUGAUGGACCCAAAUUUGUUCAAAUGCUCUCGGAUGAUUCCGCCAGCGCGAGUGUGGAUCCCCUGCGGUGGGAUUUGGAGGCGAUGGAGCAACUGCAGAGUGUUGUUAUUCAGGGCCGCAGUCAACUCCCAUAUCUAUUUAAAGUCACCUCCCGCGAUCGAUCACUUCCACGGGAGAAAUUCAUGUUGGGAUUGGAACAACUCGGGCGGGGAAUGCGGAAACAACUCACACAGCCACAGAAGGAGAAAAUAUAUGAAUGUUUACUGGAACGCACCUCCUCAACGGGAGUGGUGAUGUUUGAACACUUUCUCUUUAUGACUGCCGUGUUUGAUAGUGAUACGCUGCCCAGCAAUACAACAGUGGAUAUCAGUGAUGUGAACAUCAUGUCGUAUUAUCUUCGCAAUGUGAGCUUUGCGUCUCUCAGUAAAGAUACGGAGGAAUACCAUCCUAGAUCGGAUAGUCCAAAGUAA